AUGGAUGAAAUUGCCUCAACAGCCAAUGAUUCGGAGCCAAAAAAGCUUUUUGAGGAGGCGGACAAAAUUCAGAAAACACUCCGCAACAUUCUUGUCGACUUGAAAAAGGACGUCGAUGGACACUGUAAAGUCACAGUCCUGAGCCCGGCCGAGAAAAUGGUAGACACUAUCAAAGAUACGCUCUCCACAAGCAGGGUAAAGAGACGCGAAAAGUCGAUCGCAGACAAGAAGAAGGACCUCCACAAGAGACUCUUUGGAGCACUGGUCAUAAGCAAUGGAGCGCGGGAACCGAUGUCUAAAUACAAAAGCGCCAUUCCCACUGAGGAAGCCAAAGCGAAACACAUGAGAAUUGUGCGCGAUAAUAUCGAUGCGAUCAAGCGACUGGAGCUGAAGUUGGCAAUGGAUAUGGACGUGGGAGGCUCACCAUUGGAGAGUUUGUCACAAAUGGCAUUGGCAUGGGAAAUUUCAAGAUCAUUGGACGACCCAAACGAGCCAGGAGAACUCAUGUAG